UGGUGGUGUUGUCUAACCGGGUCACAGUUCUGCUCCGUGCCGCUGAAUAAAGUUCGGGAUCCAGCAGCGGAGCUUGGCCCUUCUGAGACCAGCGGAACCGGUUCGUGUCCGCCCAUGGUCCUCCUGGUCCGAUCCAGACCGUCUGCGAGGCUCGGCUGAGCUAGUCAGCGGGCUAACGAACCCACAGGCCGGCGUGGAGAGUGAGAUGACCCGCUGCUGGUGCUCCAGCCCGGGGUCAGCUGAGUGAGAGGGCCGCCGCCGGAGCGCCGAACCCCCGCAGACAUGUGGCAGAGCCUCGGCCUCACCCUGCUGGUCAUCGUGGCCACGCUGCUCUGCGUGCUGCUGUUCAUGCUGUUCGGUUGGUACGUCGUCUGGCAGCUCUUCCUGUCCAAGUUCAAGUUCCUGCGGGAACUGGUCGGUGACGCCGGAACGCCGCAGGCCGAGACCCGGCCGUCAGAACCCGAACACCCGGCCGGCGCCCCGACCAGAACCAGGAACCGGACCGCACGCCAAAGAGUCUCCUUCCCGGAGAGCAACUUGUAGCGGGUCGUCGCUCCUCACAGGGCGGUUUACAGGAACCAGCCAGUCCAAGGGAAGUCCUGUGAGGACGGUCCGGUCCGGUCCAGUCCGGAUGAUCCAGCUGCUUCCUGCCGCCAGCUAGGGGGCGGGGCUUCUUAGCGCAGAUGACCUCCAUGACCUCAAACUGCUAAUCGGUUAACGGACCUGGACGUGUCCAACAUCAUGCUGUUAGAAACCGUCGUCUUCAGGAAGUCACAUGGUCUCUUCUGUAUCCAAUCAGCUGCAGCCAGCUGACCUCAUCAGUAUUUCAUCACUUCCUGUGGCUUUUAAUCAGCUUGGGGGAGGGGCUCUUUAUUAAGAUGAAGCUUCUUUAGUUUAAAGUAAAUAAAUUAAUGCCAAACAGGAAAUGAGUCUUUUGUGGAAAAGUUCCUCCAAACGAUGUUAACACGCCCCCCAGUGGAUAUUAGCAGCGUUACAUGGAAAACAGAGUCAGGUUCUGGAUUUUAAAACAUUUAUUGAAGUUUAUCUGCUGCUGCACAGCAUGAUCAUUAUCCACUGAAAAUGUUCUGAUUGGUUAUGGAUAAUACAUUUAAGAAAGAGAGAAAACCAAUGGCAAAUUAUUAAACAACCCCAGCAUCAAUUAUUGAUUUUUGAUCUAUUAAAAUGUCUAUCUUCAUACUCGGGUUUUAUCACUGUUCUAUUAUAAAUUUAACUUGGAAAAUGACAAUGCAGCAACUAUGUGCAACCUAACAAAUUCCCUGUUAUGUAAAUCAUGACGCCUAUAAAAAUAUUUAACCUCUGAA